GACCCGGACCCGGACCGGCAGGCUGUCAAACGUCUCCAUGGCAAAGCCUACGUGCGAGGAAUGACGACGAGGCGGCGCUUCCUUCACCUCCACACGGGGUGAGUCCGCUACUCACCGCCACGCACGGAGGCGGGAGCGCGCACGUGCUCCGCAGUCUCCCGUGCUCAUUACCGGCUCCGUGUCAGCGGACACGUUCCCUGUAACCAGCGUGCACAGGCCCUGCCCCGCUGGACCGCAGCCGGUCCCGGCCGUAAACGGCACCUGUUCGGUCGGAAGCCAGAGGAAUGAGCGCGGAGGGGGUUCGGGGGCGGCUCGCUAAAAAUAACAGUGCUGCCGCAAAUGACGGCGGAGCCAAACGCGCCGGACUUCACGCAGAUUAGGAGCCGUACGCCAUCGCUGGGAAAGGAAGAACACCAUGCCGGCGUGGGCUGCAGCAAGGCAGGAGCACGUACAAGCACUGAAGGGAGCCCGGCAAUGUAACGCAGUGAGGAAACGGUGCAGGGACUUUCCAGGGUCAGAGUGUGAGCCUAAAGCACCGGGACCUUCAGACAGAAACCCAGAGGAUGCAAACAGGCCCGGUGCCACAGCCUGCCUGGGCAGUAAAGGCCAAGAGUCUGCGAGAGGCACCGCCUCUGUGCUUGGGACCAUCACUCCACCGUGUGGAAACAAACACCUACAAACAGGUCGUCGGCCGGAUGAUGUUCCACCUGAAAGACUGGGAGCAGGAGCUACUGUAUGUAUACAGCAUGAGGUUUAUAGUCCUCCUGCAUCAGAAGUAGCACAACGAAAAACACAGAUAAGUGAUCUUCAAGGCGUCACGAUCAGCGUCCGCCAGGAGGACAUCGCCGUUCGGGGGGAUCCCCGUGGACGCUGGCCCAGCCCAAAGGCACUGGGUGUGCCCCUCUGCCUCAGCGGCGGCUGGGCAGACUCUCCGCGUUCUGUUAGCUCAGGUGCCCGAAAGGACAACAAUGCCCCCUCUCCCUCAUCUCCUUCCCCUGUAGCAGCACUAACUCCCAAUGGAGGAAAAGCUGGCCACUCCAUCAGUUCGUCCUUCACCACAGAUCUUCCUAUGGCUUCUCUAAAAGGACCAGGCAGACUGGCCCUCACCUCCUCCAUCAACUUCUGCAGAAACCUUGUUGAUCUGAACCCUGUCUUCUGGCUCAGCAUUGUGGCUGCGAUCCAAUUCCCAUCUUCCAUCAGCCCCUACAACUUUGUCACCCCGGCCAUCUUCUAUGUACCUGCGGUGCAGUUUCCCUGCUCCCUGUCACCCUGA